AUGUCCGGUCGAGGAAAAGGUGGUAAAGGUUUAGGUAAAGGUGGUGCCAAGAGACACAGAAAGGUUUUGAGAGAUAACAUCCAAGGUAUCACCAAGCCUGCUAUCAGACGUCUCGCUAGACGAGGUGGUGUCAAGCGAAUCUCCGGUUUGAUCUACGAAGAGACCCGAGGUGUCCUCAAGAUCUUCCUCGAGAACGUCAUCAGAGAUUCAGUUACUUACACUGAACACGCCAAGAGAAAGACUGUCACCUCCCUCGAUGUCGUCUACGCUCUCAAGAGACAAGGUCGAACCCUUUACGGUUUCGGUGCUUAA